CUUAAGUAGAAUUUUUAUUUCUUUUUCAUUAUUUCCAAGCACACGGCUCCUACUUUGCUUUUCUAUCGCUGAAAUUUAAUUCUCUAGGCUAAGUUAAUGAUAAAAAGUCAUGUCCCGAUUAAUGCUUUUGAUUCAACUGGGUAAUGAUACAAGAGCCCUUGGUAUCAGCGAACUUCCUAGCUAUGCAGUGCUAAAGCAGCUAGCAAUAAGUACUUUUCCAAGACUCUACGCAUCAAACUUCGUAUUCAUGAAAAAAGAUGAGAAUGGAAGUAUGGUGUCGAUAUCAGAUGACACGCAACUCCAGCAUGUGCAGCCCAAAAGCACUCUUUUGCAUUUAUUCAUAAUCCCAAUGACACUUUUGCCACCUAAAACCGAGCCAGAGACAGCUCGCAUCGAAGAGGACAAAGAGACUGCUGCACCUGACCGAGCAUGCCUAGAAAAAGGUGAGGUGGCACAAGCAGAAAUCAAACAAGACACGCUUCAAGCGGAUUCGGAGAACACAUCUGAAAUGGGCGACCAAGGUGGUGAGAGUAAAGUACCAAGCUUUGACUCAAAAGACACACCGUCUGUUGCAAAUGCCUCAGACUUAUUCCCACUGGAUAAAGGCUUUGACCCGCAAAGGCCUAUUGAAGAUAAUUUGAUACUCAUGUAUGAUACUCUUAAUGCACGUAUCGAGGCUUUCGAUUUGGAUGCCAAAUUGGAACUUGCCGUCAACAAGAUGCAAUCUAUGCUGAAAACAGCCUCGAAAACGCUCGAAGACAACGUCCUCGAGCCGCUGGGACGCAUCAUCAACAGCAAGGUGCAGGAAAUAAAAUGUCAGAUUCGAUUCCUGAAGGAAGAAAUGGAUAUCAUUAAAGAUCGUUAUACGGCACACAACAUGGGUUGUACAACAAAUAAUGAAGAAGCAUAUUUGGUCCAUCGCCAUAUGAAGGCGCUCGAAUCAAUGGGAUUCAGGGACAGAGAAAAGAACAUGAAGGCGAUUCACGCGCAUAUCAACUCAAUUGAGGGCAUCGUUGAGAGAAUAUUGAGCAAUGAAUAAAAAAGUUUGAU